AUUCAGCGGGUCAGAAAACUGUGAAUGAUCUCAACAAUGACUUCCUUGGCAAGGCACACACAUACCCAAGUCAGGCUUUAGUUAGUACUUGUGCGACUGCGGCGCACCGAGCAGCUUAUUUCGGAAAAGCCGUCCUGUGGUUCAGGACGACCAGAAUAACGAGAAAAGGAAGGAAGCUGAGUCGACUGUAUGUGCGCUUGCGGCUUAGCUGACCGUAGUGAUUCAGUCAGCCUCGCGGAGAAAAAAGGAUUGGAAGAGUUGAGUUUUAGUCAUUUCUACUAGCAUACUAGCAUACUUCCAUCCGAGUACUCUUACUAAUACUAGUAGUUGCAAGUAUUCGGCAUAUUGCCGGGGAGCGCAAGCAGUGCGGCUGCAGACAUAGCCGCGUCAGUGCAGUCCUGGUCCGUGUGAUGUUGUCAACAUCAAUCCCGGUUAGCCAGAGUCAACUAGCAUAACUAAGCGGAGAUUGGUAUUAUAAUUUAUUUGCCUUGCUCUGGUCGAGUGUCGGAGCUGAGAGCGUAUCCGAAACUCCGAAUUCGGCGUGCGCUUGACCCUGCGUGCGCGUAUGCGGUCCUCUGCUCCGUUAUAGUUCAGUUAAUCAGUAGUUACUUUUGCUGUUGUAGGCUGCUGCGAUUCGGCACUGGCCAUGUCGGCUAGCAACGCUGAACACCCCUGCGUGACUUCCGUCCGGGGUCUCUGGCGAGUGGUUGCCAUCGCACUCCUCUGCUUUCUGGCCGCGACCUCGGCACGUUUAGUUGAUUUCGAUGAAGAAUUAGCUUCUGGCCACGAGCGCCUUCGACAACUUGCACACCGCUAUGAGACAGUACAUGUUGACACAGCUCACCACCUGCACGGAGUUCGGAAGCGUCGAGCGACUCAAGGAGACAACACCUAUAGCCACCCACCAUCGACCGACUUUGACAUCCAGGCCUUUGGGCAGACAUUUCGCCUGCAGCUGGAGUUAAAUACUAUGCUGUUACCGGUUGGCACACAAGUACGUUACUUCAAAGAGAAUGGAGACCUUGUUGUGGAUCAUGAUGCUGUCAACUGCUAUUACCAGGGUGAGAUGGAUGGAUUUAGUCAUGGAGCAAGUCAUGCUGUAAUCAAUACAUGCAAUGGAAUUUCUGGAUCAUUUGGCGUAGGACCAGCUGGUCACUGGACAAUGGAGAGGACCUUUUUCAUUGAACCGCUGACCAAUGAACCCACUCCGAAUGGCACCCACCUUCAUGCUGUUUACAAAGCGGGUGACUCUAAAGAGAAAAUUCACUUCGGGAGUUGUGGUGUAUCAACUAACAAAAGCCAAGACCAUGCAUCACCACUGGACCUAGCACAGGGCAUUUUGAAUGUGGACAAGGACACCGUGCACAUUCACCAACGCACUAAACGCCAGACAUCCUCAUCGGUCACACGCUAUGUGGAGCUACUACUGGUGCUGGAUGCAACACUCUAUCAAAGCUCUAGAGUAAAUCGCGACUUGACCGUUGCUGCAAAUCGUGCUCGGUCUGUCGCUAAUUUUGUCGAUUCGCUUUACAGACAACUGAACAUCCGAGUGCCAUUGGUAGCUGUGGAGAUUUUCAACAUGGGAGACCGCUUUGUCACGUCAAGCAUAGCAGAUACAAUGCUCGACAAUUUUAUCGCAUACAGAACCGCUCAACUUGUGGGUCGUAUUGCCCAUGACAAUGCACAACUAAUGUCUGGGCUAGACUUUGCUGGCUCCACAAUUGGUAUUGCUCCGGUCUCCGGUAUGUGCUCAUCAAGAUCUGCAGGUGUCAACCAAGACACAGCGUCAGCGUUCUCAGCGGUAGCGGGCACAAUGGCGCACGAAAUGGGUCACAAUCUCGGAAUGGGCCACGACGAUGGCCGCGGCUGUACAUGCACAGCUUCAUCUAGUGCUGGCGGAUGCGUAAUGGCUGCCACCGCAUCCCGUGUUCCACCGCAGGUAUGGUCCAGCUGUAGCCGCUCUGAUCUCAGCACGUUUCUAUCACGCGGUGCUGGCUCGUGUAUGGACAACCAGCCAACAACACUAUUUGGUGACCCGGUAUGCGGCAAUGGUUUUGUGGAGGGCACUGAGCAAUGUGAUUGUGGUACAGCAGCACAGUGCACAACAACAUGUUGUAAUCCAGCUACAUGUCGUUUCACCACCGGUUCUCAAUGCAGCGAUGGUCCAUGCUGUCAAAACUGCCGCUAUCGUGCUACGGGCACACUCUGCCGCUCUGCUGUGAACAGCUGCGACGUAGCUGAGACAUGUUCAGGCCUGACGCACACUUGUCCCAACAAUAUCUUUGCGCAGAACGGCCAGACUUGCGGCUCGGGGUCAUUGGCAUCAUUUUGCUACAAUGGACAAUGUAACACUCACGAUACUCAGUGCAAGAGAACAUGGGGAACAUCUGCAGCCGUUGCUCCUCAGAUCUGCUACGAUCAAAACACGCAGGGCUCCGGCAAUGCCAACUGUGGUUCCACUUCAACCACCUACUUGAGAUGCGCAACUACUGAUGUUCGUUGCGGUCGCCUUCAAUGUACCGGCGGAGCAGCCUUUGCCAUAAUCUCGUCAUCAAGCCGAACAAGCACUAUCACAAUAAGAUAUAGCCAAGGCACAGUCGUCUGCAAAUCAACUACAAUCCCGCUAACUUCGGACAUGGUCGAUUUCAGCUUAGUGGCCGACGGUUCUCCAUGUGGAUCAAGCUCUCUUUGCGUCAGCCAACGUUGCAGAUCGAUAAGUUCACUUGGCAUUACACCAUGUCCAUCAAGUGGUGGUAGGGUGUGUGCAGGAAAUGGUGUGUGCACAAAUCUCAACUCAUGCUUGUGUAACCGUGGCUGGACAGGUGCUGACUGCUCACGUUCAACUAGUGGUCCUGUGAAUGGUCAGUGGAGUCCUUGGACAGUGUGGUCAGGCUGCUCCCAAUCCUGUGGUACAAGUGGUGUAAGGACACGCACUCGGGACUGUGAUAAUCCACCGCCAAGUAAUGGUGGUACGGUAUGCGCUGGUGCAACUAGUGACCGGGAAACAUGCAACCGCGUUCAAUGUGCCACACCUGUCAAUGGUAACUGGGCACAAUGGAGUUCAUGGUCUGGAUGCUCGGCUACAUGCGGAGGUGGAACUCGUUUUCGUCUACGUACGUGCAGCAACCCACCGCCAUCCAAUGGCGGAUCACAAUGUUCUGGUUCUGCUCUAACUUCAGAGCAAUGUAACACCGCAGCCUGUCCAACAUGGACACCAUGGGGCCCGUACAGCACAUGUUCCAAGACGUGUGGUGGAGGUGUUCGUGUCCGUUCCCGCUUGUGUCCUUUACCUGGUGAAUGCUCUCCUGGUUCUGCCACAGAUUCUGAUGCAUGCAAUACUCAAGCUUGUGGACCUGCUCCUGUCGACGGUGGCUGGUCAGCAUGGUCCGGCUACUCUCCAUGUUCCGCUACUUGCGGCCUUGGCUCUCAGGUGCGAACGCGUUCUUGCAACCAGCCAUCGCCAACCAACGGUGGCAAGAGCUGUAGGUCUGAUGAUUUGGUAGUGGAAACCAACUCUAUCAGCUGCCAGAGACCUUCCUGUUCUCAAUGGAAUAUCUGGGGAGCCUGGUCAGGCUGCUCCCUUACCUGUGGUAUCGGUGCACGUGUGCGCAUGAGAACAUGUCCGGUUGCUAACAAUUGCCCAGGAUCAGCCACAGACACUGAUAGCUGUAACGUAUUAGCAUGUGAUAUGUCCAUAGCUGGUCAGUGGACACAGUGGACAGGCUGGAGUCAAGUAGGUACUUGUUAUGGCUGUCCACGAGGUAGCUACAGGCAAAGGAUUCGCAACUGCACAAGUCCAAAGCCAAUGGAAGGAGGUGCUCAGUGCUCGGGUGCAGGUGAACAGCGCGAACCAUGUCCUGUGUGCCAAGACGGUGGUCUCAGUGACUGGUCAGAAUGGCGUGGAAACUGCGAUGAAGAACACAGCCAGAGUCGAGUGCGAGCAUGCACCAGCCCACCUCCGACUAAUGGUGGACGCAACUGCACCGGCCCAACAACUAAUGAGCGCAUCUGUGCCAGGUUCUUGCCAUGGAGCGAAUGGGCUGAUACUGGCAACUGUUCACUAUGCGGUGAAGAUCCGGUAAACAACGUUCAAGUUCGCCAUCGUCAAUGUAACACAACUCGGAUUGCCCCAUGCACAGGUGACCUGAAUCAGACUCGGACUUGUCCGGCAUGCACCUCAGAGCAGGCUGGUGGAGUAUCAGGAGGCGCUAUUGCCGGUAUUGUUGUGGCAAUGCUCGUCAUUCUGGUAGUUGUUGUUCUUGUCAUCCUUGCUUACAUGAAACGAUCUGGCUCCACGGUCCUGCCGCCGAGGCGUGGCAGUUUGUCAAGGGGGGACACAAGGCAGAGUGAAUACGUCUUGGCCAGAGACUCAGAUAAGCCCAAAGCCGCCGUCAUUCUACCGCCGCGCACAGCCAACAGCCAACCCCCUCCACGACCGAACCAGGCACCGCCGCCUCGACCUGUGGUUGCCUUUUCUUCGCCGCUGGCUAAAGAAAAGAGGACUGAAUCAAGAGAGAACCUGUUGAGCGAUGAUGAUAGAACCGACUCGCGACCAACAAGGCCAGCGCCAUCUCGACCGGCACCAGCGGCCCCAAAGAAGCAAGUGCCGUUCAGUAAGCCGUCGAACAUCAUCCCGUCGGCACCACCCUAUCAGCCUCCAACUGCGGAGGCAACGGCAUCGCCAAAGCUGCCAGCGAAGCCACUGAAGCCCGCGCCGCCUUCCAAGCCCACCACAUCCUCACAGCCAGGCAGUGGCCAGAGUCCACAGGCUCGGCCCGCAUUCACAGACAAGCCAAUGUCACACGCGGCUACGCACGCCACCGGCACUGGCGGCCACAGUCCAAGAACCCAGCCAGCGGUCGCCGCCAAGCCCAGUACAAAGCCCAAGUUCAGUGCUGCAGUGCCAGUUGCGGCCACGCCGGCCUCGGCCAGUCCGUCAGUGCCGCCCAAGAAGCAGCCACUGAUGCCACCCCCGAAACCGAGCGUAAAACCGCCCGUAACUCGCCGACCUGACUGAGCAGGAUGUGUUCUUUAGGUGAAUAUACACGGUCAUGUUGCAAGGAAAUGAAACUUCACAAAGGCUAUCAUCAAACAUCUAUAAUUCGAAUUCCCUUUCCCAUGCUUUCACGUACUCGAAGGCACGUUUGCGCUAUAAUUAUUAUAAUGAGAAUGCCUAAACUGCCAUGUAUCCGUGUGUGUGUUUUGGUACAAUUGCUCUUGAGCGGCAAAACGUCUCUUCUCUGUAACCACUUAGACACCGGGGCAAAAGACCCCCCCCCCCUCCCCCUCCCCCUGAAGCCGCCAAAUUUAUACGGUUCACUUGAGUAUAUUACACACUGUGAUGUUCGAGCACAUUGCACAAGUCUACAGUGAUGUUUUUGUUUUAGUGACCAUGGAACCCCAACACUCGCACACGCACACACACCCACACACACGCUGCAGCUCCGUAUUCUUGUGCCUGCCUGCCGCGAGCCCCGAGACAUUCUUAUAAAUAUUAUGUUAUGGCAUGGCGGCAUGCUUUGCUUUGGCUUCUCUUCUGUGCAAGUGUCACUAUUCUAUUUUAAAAAUGCACCUUGACGUAGCGCUAAGAGUAUAUUAGCUCCCUGGGAGCUUAUAUUAUACUCUUGCUAGCACUGAUACGACUGUCUGUGCAUUACGUGAGGACAUUGCAUUGCCGCUGCUGCUUUGUUGGAAGCUCCCUGAAGCAGCAUUUCGUCAGUUGAUGUCAAUCACCAAUGGUAACUCA